AUGCUGGACUCGGGAGGAAAAUGGGACUAUUCAGUCCCAGGAUCAUCUGGGUACCACAUCCCCAACAUCAAGUUCAAUGACCCCAAUAACCGCCCGCUCAGGGUCAUCAUGAUCGGCGCUGGUGUUUCGGGUAUCAUGAUGGGCUACAAGAUGCAAAAGGAGUGUCCAGAUGUCGACUUCAAGAUUUACGAAAAGAACGAAACCAUUGGCGGGACAUGGUUCGAGAAUCGAUAUCCUGGUUGCGGAUGUGACAUUCCUUCCCAUGCCUAUGUAUUUCCGUGGGCGCCCAAUCCCGACUGGCCGCGAUUCUUUUCCUAUGCUGCCGAUAUCUGGCAGUAUCUCGACAAGGUCUGUGAAGUUUUCAACCUUCGAGAGAAGAUGACCUUUAACACCGAGGUGAUUGCUGCGGAAUGGCAGGAGAGCAGCGGAACGUGGAAGGUCAAGCUGCAAAAAGAAGAACCGGGCAAGGAAUCCUCCAUUUUCGAGGACGAAUGUGACGUCCUGUUCAAUGGUUCCGGGGUACUGAAUAACUUCAAAAAGCCGCACAUGGAGGGGCUAGAGCUUUUCAAAGGCAGAGUUAUUCAUACUGCUGAUUGGGAUCGCGACUACCAAGCAGAGCAGUGGAAAGGACAAAACGUGGCAGUCAUUGGAUCUGGUGCAUCUUCUGUCCAGACAGUCCCAACCAUGCAGCCACACGUCAAACACAUGGACAUUUUCGUGAGGACCGGAGUGUGGUUUGCGCAGAUUGCCAACAACUACGGGCAAAACCAUGAGUACUCGUCCGAUGACAAGCAGAAAUUCAGGGAUCCUGCCGAGCUGGCUGCUCAUGCCAAGAAUAUUGAAGAUCAGAUCAACGGUCUGGCCGACGUCUUUUAUACGAAAACUAAAGACCAGCAGGCUGCUCAAGACUUUUGCAGAGAGUGGAUGGCUGAGCACAUCAAAGAUGAGCGACUUCUACAGGGCUACACCCCGAAAUUUGAUGUCGGUUGCCGCCGUCUCACGCCAGGUGACCCUUACAUGGCCGCCAUUGGAAAGGAGAACGUUGACGUGCACUUCACCGCCGCCGAACGAAUCACCGCAGAAGGCGUCCAGGGAGCUGACGGCGUAGAGCGCAAGGUGGACACGAUCAUUUUCGCUACUGGUUUCGAUGUAAGCUAUCGACCACGGUUUCCAGUCAUUGGGCGGAAUGGAGUCUCUCUUUCCAAAAAGUGGGCGAUCCAGCCAGAAGCGUACAUGGGUCUCACGGUGCCAGACAUGCCGAAUUAUCUCAUGUUCAUUGGUCCUACUUGGCCUAUUGCCAACGGCAGCGUCAUGGGGCCCCUGGAGUACGUCUCGAGAUACUGCGUAAUGUAUAUCAAGAAGAUGCAGCGCGACUGCAUCAAGAGCCUUGCACCAAAGCAAUAUGUGACCGACAAGUUCAACGAGCAUGCUCAGGAAUGGUACAAAUACACAGUCUGGAAGGACAGCUGCCGAUCUUGGUAUAAGAACAAUGACACGGGGAGGAUCAACGCAGUGUGGCCAGGGUCGUCAUUGCAUUUCACUCAGGUAGUGAUUAAUCCUCGAUGGGAGGAUUAUGAUAUCAGCUAUGUGCACGAUAAUCCUUUCGCGUCCCUUGGAAUGGGGCACAUUGACCCUCCUCGCUCUCAGGACAAUAAGGGAGCGGAUCUGUCGGAGUACAUUCAGCCAUCAAACAUUGAUCCAAAAUGGGUCGAGGCAAUGAAUGGAGUCAAGAAUGGAGUUAGCAAUGGAAUUGGAAAUGGAAUUGAGAAUAGAACUUAG